AUGGACGUGGAGAUGGAGCCACAGGAGGAGCCCUUCACCCACCUGGGUGUGCAGAGUGGCCCUGUGGAGCUGAYCCUGGAGCGAGCCCAGGUUGAGAUCCAGCGCUGCAAGGAGCUUUGCAUUGCUCUGGAGCAUGACUGCAUGGAGCUACAAGCAGCCAAGGAAGACACAGAGCAGAAGCUGGAGGAACUGUGGAAAGAGGGAGAACGACUACACGCACGUAUCGAGAGACAAAUAACUCUGAGCAGGAUGUCCGCUGCCUCCUGCCAGGAAAACGUUCGUUUGGCAAAGGAGGAGGGGUACAAGCUGAGGCAGGAGAAGCAGCUGUUGAAAAAGCAACUGCAAGAAGCACAGCGGAGGGGUCCCACAGAGGAUCUGACAGCGCUGCUGCCCGCCCUGCCGGAGAGGUCCAUGGUGUUCAGAGGCCAAGUGACAGACACAGUGGACACUGGCAUGCUGACGCUCACGCCGCGGGUCCACUACCCGCUGCCGGGGGGCUCAGCCCUUGUCACCUUUGAGCAGUCAGAAGUGGCCCAGAGGAUUGUUGCAAUGAAGGAACAUGUGGUGGAGCUGAGCCACGGCGAGGAGCCAGACCAGUGCCGCAUGCGUGUGCAGGCAGAGCCCGUGGAGCUGCUGCUGCCAUCUGCCUUGCAGCUCAACUUGAGCCUGAGCUGCCGGCGGGUGCUUCUCUCCGGCCUGCCCAGACUGARCAUGCUCGAGGAGACGCUGCUGGACAAGCUGGAGCUCUUCUUCAGCAAGACCAAGAAUGGGGGUGGCGAAGUGGAGAGCUUGGAGCUCCUGUGCGGUGGCCAGGUGGUGCUGAGCUUUGCAGAGGACGGAGUGGCUGAGCAGCUGAUAGCCAGAGGCCUCGUCCAGUUCCCCUUCAAGAAAGACAAGUACGAGAUCAAAAUAACGCCCUAUGUGAGUGGAGAUGUCACCAGCCUGCAGCUCCGGCCAGCCCGCUGCGCCCGAACUGUGCUGCUGCGGGAGAUUCCGGACGUGCUGGACGCMGAGCUCAUGCGGGAUGCCCUUGAGAUCCACUUCCAGAAGGGCAGUCGUGGCGGGGGUGAGGUGGAUGCUCUUGGCUACGUCCCCAAGGGGCAGUGGGCUGUGGCCAUCUUCGAGGAAGAUGCGGACUAGCCCUUGCCACUGGAUGG